UACCUGUAGAAGCAAACAAAUCUUUUAUUUGUUGACAAUUUUGUGCAUCAAAGACUGACACGAUUAACAUUUUGUAAUCUAGACUUGCUUGGAAAGAAAGUAAUUGUAAACUCUAUAUAAUCGUAAUAUUAAUAGAAAAUAAUUCGGAGAUAAUUUGCUGCUAUCAUCUUAAAAAUAAUAUGAGUUCUGAAGAAGGUGCAAGUAACAGUCAGAAGAAAAAUGAAACAAGAUUAGAAGAAAGUUUAAAAAAAAAUGGUAAUCAAUCAAUUGAACAGCCGACUAAAUCAUCUAAAGUUAUACAACUUGAAAGUAAAUUAAAUGGAGAUCAAGCAAAAUUAAGUAAUAAAUUAGGAGACAAUAGUGCCAAGAAUCAUUUGUCUUCAAAAGCUUCGAUUGCAUUUACUAAUGGUACAAGAUCUAUGCAAAGUAAUACAUGUAGUUUUACCAAUAGUAUGGACCAAGAUACAAGUCAAGAUAUAUUGAAUGCAAGUGUAUCUUCCAUGUUUUUAAAUACCAACAAUAUUAAAUCUCAAACUAUGAAUACUGCUGUUACAAGUCAAUUGAAGCAUAAGACUGUAAUGAGUACGAGCGCUUUGAACUUGCCUAAGCCUCCAAUGCAUAUAAAUUUAUCUUCCAGUCAAAAUAACACACAUGUGAAUCAUUGUAUAUCAGGAUCUUUUAAUACUGGCGCUACAUCCAGUGCUACUUUAUAUUUAAAUAAUUCAGCACCAGUUUCAUCUGCAAUACAGCCAAAUAUAUCAACAGCUAAACCAAACGAGGAUAUUGAUAUGAAAAAUAAUGUAGAUUAUAUCUCUGGAAUUGAAAAGUGUCCAUCAAAAGUGUCAUGUAGUUCAGAUUCUAGUCCUGAAAUGGGCAGUGUCUGGGCAUCAAGGUCCUAUGGAUCUAACAGCCUAUUAAAUAAUAUAGGGGGUAGUAUAGGUUCAACAAGUCAAGGAACAUGUUGUUUUUUAAGACCUAACAUUAAUGGGAAUAGGGAAGUGCCAGGACCAAGUGGAUUACAAAAAAAUACACAAAGAGAACAGAAUGAGAGGAAGGAUUCAAGUUCUGGAAAUGAAGGUGAUAUGUCGGAUGGAGAAGAUUAUUGUAUUUACAUAUACAAAGGAAAUGAUGAUGUAGUUUAUUUAAUUCAAAAGGAAGAGAUAAAUCAAGGACAAGUGGAAGAACGUGAGGAAGAUGAACAAUGUCAUAGUGGUAGAUCAAGUCCAGAGAUGGACUUUUUGGAAAUGGAUUUUGAUCCUGGGCCUUCUUGUGAACAGGAUACAGGAGACAGUGAUAUGGCCUCUAUAAAUGAAGAUAUACAGAAUAUAGCAUUAGAUAAUGUAGAUCCAGAUCCAGUAUUAAAUGAUUUAAGUAGUGGUAAAGUUGUGGCUAAACAAGGAAUUACAGCAACAUCUCAAAACCCAAAGCAAAGUGUACAAAAUGUGAAUAAUGCAGAGCUUCAGCAAUGUUCCAGCAGUAAUCCACCUGUUCCGGAACCAAGCAUACAGCCAAAUUAUCCUUCACCAUGGAUGCCAAGUACUAGUAGUAGUGGAGCAGGAAAAUGGGAAACUACUAAAAUACAUUGUAAGAGAAAGUGUCCUCUUCAAGAAUCAUAUGGAUAUCAUAGUACAAGCGGAGACCUUAUUUCACCAGGUGACAAUAGAGAUUCAGAUGCUGAAUUGUGGGUUGAAUCUUCAUCAGCUUCCGUUCCAGAAAAUUCGAAUUUAAGCUCUCGGAGAGUGAAUCUCAGUUCAACUCUUUAUCAUCGUAUGAUGGCAAAGAAAUUGAUGCUCAAUAAGCAAGCUGCAUUUAAUCAGAGUGGUGACUCAAAUCUAGAAAACGAAUUAUCUAAUGAACGAUUAGAUGGCCUUAUAAUAGUUGAAAAGGUUAUGCUAUGGAGCGAACAAGAAGCUACAGUGAAACAAGUAACUCAAAUAGCAACUUCUGCAUGUGGUGCUACUGCUGCGAUAAAUGCUUUAUUGGCUUUAAAUGUACCAUUUUCAUUAGAAACAUUAAUAAAAGGUGUCAAUACCAGGCAAAGAGAACUGGGUACGCCACUACCGCGAUAUUUAUACAGUCGAUCAAUAGCUGGAUCGACACACGGAGAUUUGGCUCGUGGUAUAGCUUUAUGUACAAAUGGGUCAGUUAUAACAAAGUUUUUUGCAUUUUAUCCGGAAAGAAAAGUUUCAUUGUCCCAUUGGUUACACUAUUGGAUAUCAAAAGGUGCUGUACCGAUAGCAACGCUGAAUUUGCAACAUUGUGGAGGAGGAUAUGAUAUUCCAGAUGCAUGGCAUCAUCAAAUGAUAUUUGGUGUAGGACAAGCAGGAAUUUAUUUAACUAAUCCAUUAGAAUGCUUACCUGAACAGUAUGUCUGGCAUCAACUUGUAAGUCCUAGCAUUUUACUAGUACGAAGAGAUGAUGUUUUGGCUCAUUGGAAUCCCAAUACGGAUUUAACACCACUUGCUGUUAUGGAUCAAAAGUGGCGAAAGCUCAACGUUUUUGGUCAAGUUGUAAAUAUGAUACGCGAUACCCAGAGGCGCCAACUUAAGAAUCGAACUACUAGUGUAACUCAUAUUCGUAUUCCUGCAUCUUAUCAAGCAGGUAUUACAUUAGUUAUGUGUGCAGACUCUGCAGCUGCUUCCGAAUUGUUACAUACCGAACAAUUACCAUUACUCUAGUCUUGUUGAUCAAAAUUAUUAACAUCCAGGCUGCCCCUUUUUAUUUGUAAUAGAUUUAAUUAGCAGGCUGGUCCGCACAAUGUUAUUGACAAUGGCUCAUUUACUAAGUAAGACAGCUGGGGUCAUAAUCGAAAUAAUUUACAUUUUUAACGCAGAUGUUUGUAUUCAAAGAGAAUAUUAAGGAUUAAAAUAUAUUUCAAUAGAAUAUUUCCGUUUUA